AUGGCAGGUACACCAGAUAAGAUCAUCCUUAAAUCCCCAGCGCUUAUAGAGUACAUUUUUCAAACAAAUGCUUAUCCAAGAGAACACGAGCAAUUGAAGGAGUUGAGAGAAGCCACCGUAAAGAACUAUGAUAAAAUAAGUUUGAUGAGUGUACCAGUAGAUGAAGGGCAGCUUCUGUCGAUGCUUUUGAAAGUGAUGAAUGCAAAGAAGACUAUUGAAGUCGGAGUCUUUACUGGCUAUUCUCUUCUUACCACUGCUCUUGCUCUCCCUGCCCAUGGAAAUAUAAUAGCCAUUGAUACAAAUAGAGAAGCGUAUGAUUUUGGAAUGGAGUUUAUUAAAAAAGCUGGUGUUGAUCACAAAAUUAACUUCAUUCACUCUGAUGCUUCCUCUGUUCUUAAUGGUCUUAUCAACGAUGAGAAAGAAGUAGGGACAUUUGAUUUUGCAUUUGUGGAUGCUAACAAAGAGGAGUACGAGAAAUAUCACGAACAACUUGUAAAGCUAGUUAAGAUUGGUGGAGUAAUGGCAUAUGACAACACCUUAUGGUUUGGGUCAGUGGCAGAAACAUGUGAGGAAUUCAAGCAAAACAGUUAUGAUCAUCAUGAUUUGCUAAUGAAAAUCAGAAAUGUUAUACGAGAUUUCAAUACCUUCACAGCCAAUGAUCCUUGCAUCGAAUCAUCUCUUGUUUCUAUCGGAGAUGGACUUACCCUAUGCAGACGUCUCUAUUGA